AUGUCAUACGUCGGAGCCAACGUUUUUGUGACCGGUGCCAGCCGUGGAAUUGGAUUUGGUUUGGUCCAAAGGUUGAUCGAAAGACCUGAUGUAAAACGGGUCUUUGCUGGAGCCAGGACUCCCGAAAAGGCUGAGGUAGGCUGCAUUGUAAUGAAUAAUUUUUCUAUCACAUUUCUUUUCAAUUUUGGCAUCAAAGAACAUUAUUUUAGAGUCUCCAAAGUCUGGCCAAGUCCAAUCCCAAGGUUCAGAUUGUCCAAUUUGAUUCGUUGGACGACAAAUCCAUCAAAUCUGCUGUAGAGAAGGUUUCUUCCGUUGUCGGGGAUGAAGGGCUCAAUCUGUUGAUCAACAAUGCUGGAAUCUUCCAUUCAGAUGAUACUGUUAUAACCGACCCCAAAAGAGAUGCCCUUCUUUUGGUCUUCAAUACAAAUGUUGUUGGUGUAGCCAUCAGCCAAGCGGUAAGUGAAGGUCUUCUGAGUUUAUUGCUUUUAUUCAGCUUUUGAAAAGUCUUAGUCAAAAUUGCUGACCUGAAAUCAAAUUUUCCGAUAUUAUACUUGACCUUCCUUUCUUUUUCAGGCUUUCUUACCUCUCCUGAAGAAAGCUGCCACUGCCGAUAAGCCUGCAAGGCUCUUAAAUAUCAGCUCUGGACUUGGUUCGAUCGCCACACUGAAUGGUGCCACUGUCCCUCAUCAUUCCUGUGGAUAUGCUGCAUCUAAAUCUGCUUUGAAUGCCCUCACCAAACAAUUCGGAACAGAUCCAGCGAGCGAAGGCGUUGUUGCAUUGGCCAUGUGUCCAGGAUGGGUUCAGACAGAUAUGGGGGGAGAAAAAGCUCAAUUGACAGUUGAGGAAUCGACCACAGCGAUCGUCGAUACUGUAUCUAAGGCUACGAAAGAAUGGUCUGGCAGAUAUAUUAACCGGAAUGGAGAAGACAUCCCUUAUUAA